AUGGCUGGACUCUUGAUUUUGUUUAACAAGACCUGGAUCGGAAGCUUUAUGGAAGUUGUUUUACUUUUCCUUGUUGAACUAUUGCAAACAUGUAUAGAUAUUAUUCAAAAAUUGGCUCUUCGUACAUCAACUUCUGAACGAAAGCCUAUCGAGGUUUCCGUUUAUGAGAACCAAAGGUGGUGGGCAGGCACGGGUUAUACAUCACAGAUGCUGAGAUCAGAAAGAGCAGCUUGGUCAAACAUCACUGGAUUAGAGCCACUGCCGCCAAAAGAAGAUAUUCCUCCACCAGCGCAUUAUACUUGGACAAAGGAUGACUGGUGUCUGGAUGCAAUAGGACCGUGGAUAGACGACGUGCUUGGUAUAGUAAUGACAGUUGAUUGUGAUCAGGAUGGCUGGGUGUACUCUGAUCAUAAGUGGUCUAAUCCUGUUGGAGCAUCAGAAUUACAUAAAGCGGGGACUAACGGACAGAUCGAUAAUACAAAGACAUUGACAAGAAGAAGGAGAUGGUAUAGAAAGGCCAUUCCUAUUCAUUCAUUAUAA